GAGUGCCCUCCGUGUCGUCACCAUCCCCAACGACGGGAGGCGGGGGUAAAGGAAAGUCUGGGGUAGGAAGGAGAGAGCGGGCCGUCGGCAGGGACCCCCUUAUCCCUCCCUCAAGUUGCUCUCGGUCUGCAGCUGUGACCCGUAACCCAAGCACUCUUUCGGGGGUCUCGGUGCAUGUGGGGAAGGAAAGGAGGGGUGCAGGACGCCCUGAGAGCCGGGGGUCAGGAAAGGCCGGAACACGGCGGAGGGGUGGUGCAGCUCCCGCUACACAUCGGAAAACGGACCCAGAGGAGACGAUUCGUGGCCCACAUUCCAGCCUCCCACCCCCAGGCGGGGGACUUGGAACAGUCCCAGGAGCCCUGGCUUCCAGCCACGAGCUCCACGAUGAGGGAACGAGGUGAUUGCAGUGGAUUGGAAGGGCCUGAAGGAUGUCGAUCAAAUCAACAUGGACAGCACCAGCUCACUGCAUGGGAGCAGCCUACAUCGGCCAUCUACUGAGCAAACUCGAACCGAUUUCUCCUGGGAUGGCAUCAAUCUUUCCAUGGAAGACACCACUUCUAUCCUUCCGAAGCUUAAGCGAAACUCUAAUGCCUAUGGCAUUGGGGCCCUGGCCAAGUCAUCGUUCUCAGGGAUCUCACGAAGCAUGAAGGACCACGUGACAAAGCCCACAGCCAUGGGCCAAGGCCGAGUGGCUCACAUGAUUGAGUGGCAGGGCUGGGGGAAGGCAGCAGCUAUUCAGCCACAACACAACCACGAGGCCGUGCGCAGGGAUACAGAUGCCUACUCCGACCUCAGCGACGGCGAGAAGGAGGCGCGUUUCUUAGCAGGUGUCAUGGAACAGUUUGCUAUCUCUGAGGCCACACUCAUGGCCUGGUCUUCCAUGGAUGGUGAGGACAUGAGUGUGAACUCUACGCAGGAGCCAUUGGGCUGCAACUACAGUGACAACUACCAAGAGUUGAUGGAGAGUCAGGAUGCUCUGGCUCAAGCCCCCAUGGAUGGAUGGCCUCACUCCUAUGUGUCCCAGGGCAUGUACUGUCUGGGGUCAUCAGAUGCCUGGGAAGCCAGCGACCAGUCCCUCAUCGCCUCUCCAGCCACAGGAUCCUAUCUUGGCCCUGCAUUUGAUGACUCACAGCCCAGCUUGCAUGAAAUGGGACCUUCCCAACCUGCUUCAGGAUAUUCUGCUCAGGAUCCUCCACCUUUGCUUGGGGGAGACACUGACUGGGCUCCAGGGGUGGGUGGGGUGGACCUGGCCACGGGCCCUGCUGAGGAGGAAAAAAGGCCAUUGGCCCCUGAGGAGGAGGAGGAUGCAGGAUGCCGGGAUCUGGAAUCACUUUCUCCACGAGAAGACCCUGAGAUGUCUACUGCACUCAGCCGGAAGGUGUCUGACGUCACAUCCUCAGGUGUGCAGUCCUUUGAUGAGGAGGAAGGCGAGGCCAAUAACUAGCUUCCUCCCCGCUCCUGACGCCCUGCUUUCCACUCCCACCUGAGGGCCAUGGCUGCAACCCAUACCGUCCCUUCCCCUGGCAGUACAGCUGAAACCCGGGCAGGUGACAGCAGGGCACCCAACAGCUUCCAGUCCUCUCCCAAAGAUGGAGGACCAAGAUGGGGUUCUAUCCAGGCUUACGCUCUAGAAACCACAGGGCUGGGAACUGAGACCCAGCAACUAGAUGGCAAAGCGAACUUGGGCAAAGGACCCAGCUGUGGGCUUCUGGGUCUGUGCUGCUGAAGUCCCCAGUGCUUGCAGCCCAGGGACAGGAGUGCCGCGCCACGGGCCAGACUGGAUCUCAGUUCUUCACUCCCUGAUUUGUCUUCCAGGAGCUUUGACUGAAUGCCUCCUGAGUACUGUCUGAAUGCCUCCUUUCUCCAUUUCACUCUUGCUUUACCCAACUCUGUUUUCUCUGGCUGUGGCCCUAACCCUACUGUAAGGAACAGACCUCAAGGUCUGUUGGACAUGGCUGGAUGGGCACCCGAGGAGCAGCUGAAGGGCAUGUCCACAUGGAGGGUAGAGAGUCUGCCACAGCUGGUCAUGUGGCUUCUGAGAUCAGGAGUUGAGAAGGUGGACGUGGCAGCUGGGAUUUACAGGGGCACAGAUGUGAUUCUUUAUACCAAGACCUGCCCAGAGACGAGAAGGUCACUGGUGAGACCAAGAACAAACAUGGCCACUGUUCUGAGAUCUUGAAUAUCCUGUGACUGAAAGGAGGAUCCUACGGAUCUGGGAAAAGACCCAGCCAGGGCUGGCUGCUCCAGCUCUCGCUUCCCUUUCUGCCUUCCACCCCUGCUCGGCCCUGAGGAGGGUGAGGGAACACCAGUCUCGGAUUAGCCAACAACACAACAUGCAGGUAUCCCUGCCAGCAGGGGGAGCAUGAGGGCUGUGUCUCCCUCACCCCCCACCCCCCCACCCCUAAUCCUCUGGAGCUGUUUACACUUUUCUCUUUGCCUUUUUUACAUUUUUAUAACUUCUUGGGAACUCAGGGUUGAGUAGGGUGGAGGGAGGAGUCCGGUGCUGUCGCUCCCUUGGCCGGGCGGGUCGUUAACUGAGGGCCAGGAUGGGCACUCGGCUCCUUCUGCCCCUUCAUCAGCUCCUCCCGGGACUCCUGAAUGGCCUCACUGCUGUUCUCCCUCCCUUCCCCAGGCCUCCUGCCGGAGGAAGAGAGGAGAAUCAGCGAUUCUUCCUUCCAACACCUGGUUGCCAUGCUGAUGGGGACUCAGCUGCAUGUGGGACUAGCACUGCUGCAGGAGCACAGGUGGCUGGGGAGGCCAGGCGAAGCCGCAGCUCCGUGGGGCUGGAGGGCACUUUGGCUCUGCCACUGCAGCGGUAGCCACUUCCUGGUCCUUGGCACAGGCAGAGUAUGGGUAGAAGAGAGAGGCCUAAGAGGUUCAUUGCCCUAGUUCCCUCUUCCCUCGUGCCCAUCCGAGGCUCCAGCUCCCAGGCCUUGUGUCCUACCUGCACUUUGUCAGGGAUCCUACUACUUGCAUCCUCUUCUGGGAGGGGAGUGCUGUCGUCCUCUCCUGGCUCUGGGCACAAACUGCCCUUUAACCCCAGGUCCCAGACUGCAUUGCUUUGGAAUGAGUAGGUUGAGAGUUGGGUUAUUUCUGUCCAUCUAUGACCCCACCCCACCAUCAAGUUCAUACUCUCCCCCACAUACACUCCUGAAAUGCAACCAGGACAGGACAGGGUGUCCCAAGCCUCCCAGAGGGACAGAAUGGUUAUCCUGAAGUUGAUACUUGCAGGAAACGUGGGUGUAGGUAUGGUGAGCCAAGGUGGGUGUACAGUCACCUAAUUUGGAUGAUGCCUGCACAGAAGAGACCCCCUUGUGCUUCAUAAUGUGUCCUGACUCAGUGUCCCAGAACCCCAUUUCUAGGAGCUCUGGAAAGUGGUCCAGCAUGUCCACCCUGGCGGCUGUCCCUCACCCUAGUCUCCUGCUAGGCCCCUAUGGUUUUGCAUGCUCACAUGACCCUCCUCCCAUAGGGCCCCCGGUUCCUCACCUUCUCCAACCUACUCUGUCAUCGCAUCCCCUCUUCCUCUCAUCUCACCCCUUCAAUACCCACAUUCUCCCCCCACCACAGUGAACGUCUAAUACAGGGGGUGGGCUCAUUCAUCACAGUUUCUUUUGCUCAGGACCCUAGGGAGUUAGGA